CAGACCCCAGUCGAUUUCUCCCUUGGAUUCACCUCUACUUAUUAAGGCGCUGAGCCUACCCGCCCCACGCAUUAGCAGACCUUCUGCUACUCCGCUUAUCGGCUUCCGUAGUGGUCCCAGCCUCUCGCUCAACUCCUGAGGAAGCCCAGCAACUUAAACUUGAACUUGGAGAAGGGCAGAAAUGACCUGAACCUAACCAAAAGCAGGCUGGGGGUCCGCCUAGCUUCAACAGCAGGUAAAUCAGAAACCGUAAAAUGCGCCAGUUCGCAGACGUCCCCACCGCYCGCCAUUAGAGACAGAGUCCGACCCAAAGCGUUAAGGGCACCUUCAGCCCCGACUCAUCGAGCGAGGAUGCAGCGCUGAAGGCUUCUCAGGCUCAGGCCCUGCAAAGCGCAGCAGCGGCGAUAGGUGUCCUUAGUGAAUGCCAGACCAGAUGCCUCCAAGAUCCCAGCAAACGUCGUACAGGCGUGGAACAGGCGGCAAAUCAGUGCCCCGCUGGCUAGGCCGAAUAAGUCGAACGCGGAAUAAGGGCUCAGGCGGAGGGCGACGCGGUGUUGUUGCUCAGCAGGUCCGGCCUGGCUUUGGACUGCGUUCCUUCCAGCCCGGGACUCUGCGCCUGCGCCCGCCCCGCUGCCGGCGCGGCCGCGCUUUCAGCUGCUGCGCGCUGCCUUGGGAUCCGGGCGACCCAUGGGGAGCAGCGAGGGCCACGAUGACAGAUUACGGCGAGGAGCAACGCAAUGAGCUGGAGGCUCUCGAGUCCAUCUACCCCGAUUCCUUCACAGUAUUAUCAGAAAAUCCACCCAGCUUCACCAUUACUGUGACAUCUGAGGCCGGAGAAAAUGAUGAAACUGUUCAGACUACACUCAAGUUUACAUACAGUGAAAAAUACCCAGAUGAAGCUCCCCUUUAUGAAAUAUUCUCCCAGGAAAACCUAGAAGAUAAUGAUGUCUCAGACAUUUUAAAAUUAUUAGCAUUGCAGGCUGAAGAAAAUCUUGGUAUGGUGAUGAUCUUUACUCUAGUGACARCUGUGCAAGAAAAAUUAAAUGAAAUAGUAGAUCAGAUAAAAACUAGAAGAGAGGAAGAAAAGAAACAAAAAGAAAGAGAAGCAGAAGAAGCAGAAAAGCAACUAUUCCAUGGCACUCCUGUUACAAUAGAGAAUUUCUUAAGUUGGAAGGCCAAGUUUGAUGCAGAACUCUUGGAAAUUAAAAAGAAACGGAUGAAAGAAGAAGAGCAAGCAGGAAAAAAUAAAUUAAGUGGGAAACAGCUAUUUGAAACAGAUCAUAAUCUUGACACAUCUGAUAUCCAGUUCUUGGAGGAUGCUGGAAACAAUGUGGAGGUAGAUGAGUCUUUGUUCCAGGAAAUGGAUGACUUGGAGCUGGAGGAUGAUGAAGAUGACCCAGACUACAAUCCUGCUGACCCAGGGAGUGACUCAGCAGACUAAUGGACUGUCCCCAUCUGCAGAGAAGUUGACUGCCACAGCAUCUGUGGCUAUGCUGAGAGGGUUUUGAUUUUCCUUUCUUUUUUUCUAAGAAAAAAAAAUAAUUUUCAGGAGAGUAUUCUUCUGAUCACUUUCAUCACUGACUUAAUAAACUGACCUUAAAGUUUCAAAUAUAGAAUGUUCAUGUCUUCUAAUUGAUGAGCAGAAGAUUACAUAUUUAAAGGUAUUUAGUGUUGAAGAGCGAUCCUUCUAAUAACACCAAGACUUGAGGGUAGGCUGUGGCAUGUGAGGGUUCAUACAUGAAGAAUCAGAAUAACUCAGAAUUUCUCUGCUUGUGAUCCUUGUUUCUUUGGUUUCUAAUGUUAUCAUUUGUAUUAGAAGGUUGAGGCAAAUACAGAAUUAAUCCUAGAUCCUUCUGACACAAUAAAUUUAAGUCUUAAUAAACCAGAACCCAUAUUAUAGGCAGGGAAAAAAAUGGAUUUCAUUAUAAUAGUAGUAUUGGAGUGAGAUUUUGUGGUAUUUUUAAGAGAUGUUUAUUCUUAGGUCACUUCUCAGGUAAGACUUUGUAAGUCCCAGUCUGCAUUUUUAAACAGUGAAAUUGCAUACCAGUUCUACAGGUGAUUCUGAUGCACACUCCUGAUUGAACUACCGUCUUGCAAUUGUGACAUCUGUAUGUUAUAGUGUUUCCCUGCUGCUUUCUAAUUAGCCAGUCUGAAGUGGUCUGAAUUAUAAGAGUUAUAUACUGUGUGCAAGGGGAACACACAUCAAUCUCCAUAUAUGUGUAAGACUAUCUUUGUAUUAAUUUGAAAUGAUUGACAUAGGGGUACCUUAUGGGAGAGCCAGGCUUCAUGUGAGUUUUCCAGUCUUUGAAGCCAUGGAGGAUUAAUCCAAAUCGAGUGGGAAAUCAUUUGUGCUGUUGUAAAGAGCUGCCUUUAGUCAAAAAAGACCCAUGCCACAUACCUGCAAACAAAACUAUAUCAAUGCCACAUUGACUUUUGGACUUUUGUUAUUAAGAGCCAAAUUGUCACUGGGUAAUUUAUUACUUUUUUAAGGAAACUUCUAGUCAGUCUUGAUGCCAGAGCAAUAGAACAGAAUAGCAGGGAGAGAUCCAAAAAUAGUUACGUGAGAUUUUGUUUUUCCUAAAAGCUCCUGAUGAAAGCUGUUUAAAAGAUACAUAAGAAUGUGGAAGAAGCAGACUAACUGGGGCUAAAACAGCAGUGAGGAGCCAUGUGAUACUGAGUUUAGUGAAGACUUGACCUCGCAGUAUCAAGAAUGAUUCCCCGGCCUAGGGAUGUAGCUCAAUGGUAAAGUGCUUACCUAGUACGUGUAAGGUUCUGAAUUCAAUCCCUAGUACUGCCAAAAAAUAAAAAAGAUUUCUCUCUCCCCUUCAUGUUGUUUUUAAGCAUCAGUUUUAUACAUUUCCUCUAGGUAUUGAAAUGGCUUUCCACUUUUGUCAUUUCAGACUUUAGGCAAAAUCUGUGAUAAAAUAAAUAUAACCUGGUUAGUUCUAAUAUCAUUUCCAAGUCUUUUCAUGUAGGAAUUCAGUUUGCUCUUGGCAUUAUUUUGGGAAUUAAACCAAGAUUCAGCUUCUCAAACCAGAAUACACAGACUCCCAGGAUGAGCAAUGGCAUGACUAAUGGUAUAUGAAGCAAUAAUUAGCAUGUCUUGGAUUAUCUGUUUUUUUCUUGGACUUAGGCAAAUCUUUGUUUAGCUUUUCUACUUGAGCCAAGUUAAAUUUUACUAGGUUAAAAAUAAAAACUCUGUAUUCAUUAUAGUGUACUCUAAUAAUGCCUGUCAUGGAGCAAGUAGCUAGUAUUGUUGAAUGAAUGAAUUAUAGAAUAGAAUGCAAAGUGAUGUACUUCCAAAGAUACAACGUGGGACUUCAAAGAAAUUUCUUUUUCGCCAUCUACAUCUUUGGACAGUAGUAGAUUUCACAUUACUUGAUGUACUUUUGCCAGUAGGGCUCUCCUAGGUAAAAGGCUGAACAGGUUGUGAUCUAAGGCAGCACAUUAAAUGGUUACGUGGACAUUGCCUGCUUGGGAUAGAAUCAAGGGGAGUGAUCAGUCACAUCUCAGUGGAAAGAAUGAGUUUAAUGAUGGUAUUGUCACAAACUCAAGAUACAUUUGCCAAGAAGGAAAGAGAUGCAUCUAUACCAAGAAAAUUAUUGUGGGUUUUCAGUAUUUGUGUGCUUGCACUUUCAUUAGGUGUGUUGAAGUACAAAUGAAAAGCAGGGGAACUGCCUCAAUAUAUGGUGUUUCUCUUUUGAAGAAUAUACAUAUCAGAUAGUAAAAGUAGGAGACAUUAUGUGAUUUUGUGUCAAAAUGAAUCACACUCUUUAAUAAUUUUAGGGUGUGAUCUUAGAGACCAUUGAAUGGUAGGUAAACUAUUUCAGAAGAAAGUGUUAAUUUGUGUAACUGUAAAUGCGAAUGCCACCAAUUAGCUGUUUUAGGAACUGUGUCAGAGUGCCAUUAAAAAAUGCUGCCAAAAUGGUAAUUGUUAGGUUUUCAGGUUUCAUUUUAAGUGGAAUCAUGUGACCUUUUGGUCAAGUUACUUGUGUCAGAAGGUGGCUGACAUUCUAAUUGUUGGUCAAACUCAUCAAAAGACUUAUAGAAAUGGCCUAUGAUGAUUUAAAUCUUACAUCUAAACUUAUUUUGCAUUAUCCUGUGUGUGACUUAUCCUCAACCCAGUUUUCAUUUUUGGUCCAACUUUUAAAAAUUUCAUUUUCACAAGCACUUUGGAAAGCAAGAAAGAUACACACAAAUUUACUUUGUUGUUGCUGAUUGGGAAUGUUCACUUUGAAAGAUCUGUUAACUAAGCUGACUUAUGAGCCAUGAGCCAGUAAGGUGAGCAGCUGAUUCAGUUAACACUUGAGUGCUCUGUGUGCCAGCUGGCCUUUGUGGUAAUGUGAAUGUCCUUUCCCUCCUCACUGAAAGGAAAUAAAAUAAUGCAGUUUGGCCCCGUGUUUUCAUCUGAUCAGCACUUUAUCCACUUGUAGCCAUACCAAAUUAUAGAUUAGGUUCUGUUAUAACCACUUUCAAAGACACUCUGCAAUACGUCACAAGUGAGCACACCAACACAAAUGGUGUUGUUUGCAGUCCUGAACCACCAAGUUAAGUGGCAUUUCAUUGUUUCUCUUAAUUCUGUGAUGCAGCUAAAUAUUUUAGGCAUACUAAGCCAAAUGAGAAGAGAGCACUGGGUGGAAGAGGAGAUAGGAAGAGUAACAGAAACAGACUGAUUCAUACUUUUGGAAAAGUAUAGUCUCUGAAUGAGGCAAAUGAGAAAAAGGGUUGUUUUCAAAGAACUAAGAAAAUUGUUUCCCAUAGUUAACCAGAUCUUUUCAUUUCCUUUUACAUUUAAGUAAUGUUUUUAAAUAAUUGUUGUAUUUUCCUGCCUUUUGGCUUUUUCAGUUAGGCAUUUGCUCAUCCUAAACAUACUCAAGAGUUUCUUCUUCUAGUUCCACCUCAUCUCUACAUUUGCAACAAUUUUUCUUUGAAAGAACACUCUGCUAGUUUUUCUGACUUUCUUUACUUGCACAGAGGUGAAGAGUAUUUACUUUUGGAAAUUCUUUACUGUUGAAACUUUUUUAUCUGAACAAUGCACCAUGGGAUUCGUUGACUGAAAAUAAGUCAGAAACAAAAUAUAUUUAGUUCCCCCACUUUUUUUGAAGGUAUUUAGUCCCCCAAAAGCAGGGGGGCAGGGGUGGGGCAUAAACUAUCUCAUGAUGCACGUAUAUGCCAGUACUAAAGUAAAUUUUUAUAGCAACAACAAAAUCAGUUAUUAGAAAAUGAGAAACAAUAGCUUUGAUGAAGUUUGCAUUUUAAGCAAAUCAUAUUUGCCACUAUUCUCUUUCCUUGCUAUUAUUAACUAAUUUUAUGGGAGAUAAAGAUAAGUUUGAGAUAGGAAGUCUGCACAUUUGUUUAUUAUGUGGGAAGGUUGGUGUUUUUCUGUUUAUCUUCAUUGGAAAUCAAUUGAUAAUGAACUUGAGCCAGUGCUGAGAGGCUUUAGCGCAAGAGAAAACAAGAAGUAAGAGUGAGGAUUUAGUAUUUAAAAAUUAAUAUGUUAGUUCACCAGUUGUGUUGGCACAUUUGUUAGUAUGAAAAUGUAUGAUACAGUUGUUUAGAAUGGUGAGGAUUGAAAUAGUCAUGCACAAGUAGUGUGAACUUGAAGAAAAUUCACUGAACCUGUCUGAUUCUUGACUCAUCUGUAAGGUGGGGAUGAUAAUAUUUAAUGAUUCAUUUUAUAGAAAGAGAAAAUUGUUGCGUUAGUGGUCAGUUACAGUAAAGCUUUUCACUGGGCUUUGCCUAUAAAUGUUUUCUGAUGCAUCUUCUUUCACAAGCCCUACACAAUUGAAUUGCAAUGCUGUAUUCUUCUCCACCUUCCUUUGUCAUGAUAUCAUCAAAACAUCUAAAUCCAGAAAAAGUCAAAAGUUUAUUUAGCAGUGUGCAUCUUCUUUAGUUUGCACAAAUGUUGCUCUGCCUUCCCACCUGUGGCAGCCAACCUGCCUCAAGUUAGAAUAAUUCUGAAGAGUAGAAUAGGGGGCUCUUUAUCUAUUUAAUCAACUGUGGCCUCUAUUGCAACUGCAUUUCAGUUCAGCUUCUCCCUUGCUGGGUCAUGCUUGUUACACUCCCACAAAGAUGGUUCCUUGGAGUUCUUCCCAGCCUAUAUACCAAUUCGUCUCUUCCCUGGGAGAACUCAAACUAAGGCAUCUUAUACAGUAAUUUAAAUUAAAAAAUCAUGGUGACUCAAUGGCAAAUGGUAGUAGAUCAGAACUGGCUGAGAGCAAAUUUGGUCAGGAGGGUCUUGAGCUAGUGAGUGCCUAAGCUAAUUCCCACUGACCCCAGGUUGUGCUAAGAAGAGUGGUUCUGGGUGGGCAGUGGAAAUAUGUGGGAGCAUUUUUGAGUGUUUGGAUACACCAAAGUGGGUAGGAGCCAGUGAUACUAGACAUUUUCUGAUAUGCAUAGUCCCACAAGAUAAAAAGCUGUUCCAAAUGCUGCACAAAUUUCUAAUAUUUCUCUAGACAUUCAUGACUGUGGAAAAACGUGUAAAAUUGAGUUCAGAACUUCAUUCCAUUUUACAUAUAAACUCAAAGUUUGUUUUGUAAACUUUUAAUAUCCACUGAGUGUUUUAAGAAUAUAAUUCCAUACAAAUUGAGGAAAGAUUACAUUGUUGUGUUCAGAAAUUUAUCAAGAGCUUAUUAAUAUUUAACAAAGUAGCAUUAUUGAUUCCAAGGCUUUAUAUGAUACAUGAAUUGCCAAGACACUGUAUAUAUUUUAUACAUUUGUAGUUCUUGAAUUAUAGUGAUUCUUCUUAUAGGUGUAAUAAUUUGUAAUUUAUUAUAUUAUAGUUAGUAGUAUAUGCGUAUUUCACAUAUAAAUAUAUGUAAAUCUAUUUUAUUACACUCAUUUUUCAGGUUUUCAGGUUUUUAGUUAUGGUAUUGAGUUUUUUCCAAAUUGCAUGUAUAUAUUUAGGUCAUGCUAUCUGUGGAUUUUAUCUCAGGACAGUAAAGGGUUUAGAGCUUUUUUAAAAGUGUAAAUGAAAUGACAAUAAAAUACUUUAGACUCACUAAAAUGAUUACAAUUAAAAGACAAACAAUCUCAAUAUGGUGGGAGUGUGGAGCAAUUGAAACUCACAAAUGAUGCUGGAAGUGUAAAAAGGUAUAAUCAUUUUGAAAAACAGGAGUUUCUGAUAUGUAAACAAUUCAUUUUCUCUAGGACAGCUGAUUUUAUUUUUCGGUAUUUAUGCGAGAGACUUAACAUCUAUCUAAAAACAAAAUCUUGUUCAAGACUAUUCAUAGAAAUUUUAUUCAUGAAAAUCCUGAACUAGAAACAACCUAAGCCAUCAAUGGGUAAAUGAACAAUUUAUGUGAUUUUUAUACGAAAUUCGACUAAGCAAUUACAAAAGAACACAUCCUGGGAUAUAUUAGAAAACAGAUGAAUCUGAAUUUUGUUUUUUAGCAAAAGAUGAUUGAUACCCUUUAUAUGAAUU